UAAAACACAAUGAUAGGAAAUGAAUCUCACAAUGUAGCUUUGAUGGACAACACGCAGUAUGGGGAAGAGGCGAGAGGUUCUCUACUGGCUUUGAGAUUGAUCACAUUGAUGAUCAUGGUGUCUUUGCUGACGCUACACUUGAGGUCGUUGAAGGUGUUCCGGUGGGAACUGUCGGUGUCUGGAGGUCUGUUGGUCACGUACUGUAUAGCUGCCUUGGGACUAGCCUUGUGUGCGGGUGCCGCUCGCUGCGGGGGCAGUGCGUUGCAGACCUAUUUGUGUGGCGUUGGGUCUGCAUUGAUGGCGAUCAACGCAGCGGUGUUGUGGCAACGGUGGCGCUACGCGGGUGAGCUGACGCGAGUCGUGGCCGAGUUCCUCGUGGCCUUGGGAGUACCACUGCGACGACAGAUUCUCACGAAAGUGAUCCUUAGUUCAGCUGUUUCCUUUACGCUCUUACUGGAUCUAGCGAUUGUCCCGUUUUUAAUUAAAUUUCGAAAUAUGAAUCAGACCAAACAUGGCUAACGAAUA